CUGUGGCUAGGGCAGUGGUCUGAUGGGGUCCUGGAGCCACGCAAGGGUCUGUGGGUGACCCCCCAGCUCUGAGACCAGGGGCAGUUGUGAAGCCCCCACUCCUGGGUAAGGGGAAGCAGAGAACAGCAGGUCCAUCUGCCACGCUCCCCAGUGGGGAGAAGCCUCUUUAGCCAGAGUGACUUCUGCUUGGCUUGGCACACUGCCUGCUUGGGGAAACACAGCUUCACAACAGCGUCAAGUCAAAAUCUAUCCAUAUUCUGUGAGUUUAUCUUAAAAAAAAAUUUUUUUUUUCAGCCAAACCUGGUUUUUUGAAUAAAAAUAAAAAACUCCAGUGAGUGAAUGGGUUAGUGAAUCAUGGUUAGUAUAUGUUUCCAAGGCAUGAAAAUGUACAGUUGAUCACCUCAGAGAUAAAACUACCAUGUUUCAUGAGGUGCCAGAAGUGGGUCCCCAGUGUCUGCCUCAGUCUGUAGUGAAUGAAGGGCAGGGAAAUGGCAACCAUGAGAAGCGUAAAGAUAAAAACUGUGAAGAGUAUUCUGUAAUUGCAACAAUUUAACUUUGAUUUACUUUUUAAAGCUGUGCCCUAUGGGGCAGAGCUGUCACUCUAAGAAGACAGGACACUGGGUGGAGAGACAGGCAGUGACCAUUGUGGCUGUUUCUGCUCCUUCCUAGUCUGAGUGUGUCGCCGGGACAGUCCCUCUAGAACUCCGCUAUCUGGCUUUUCUCCUCAGCAAGAUAGACUUUCUUUGAAAAAAAUUAAGUUGGUAGAGACCUGGCCAACUCCAUGAUUGGUCUUUGAGUAGCUGAACAAGUCCUGGGAGCUUGUCAGGUCCUUACUGAAGGUGGUCUUUCUCAACCACUUCUGCAUCUGAACACAGAAAGUGAGCCAAGAGUGUUCCCUGUUAGCCACUGUUAGCCACUGUUGGCUCAGGAGAGAGCUGAACUCAUGGCCUCUAGUGGGUAUCUUGGGGCGAGAGGUGUAAUCCUCUUUAGGAUGUUGCUGUCAGAUUGCACAGAGGCUGGUGAGAAUGGCUGCUCUAUGGGGUGGAUGGAAAGGUCAGUGUCUUGGUGGCAGACAUGGGGCCAAGCUUCACAGACCUGGGGCCCCUUUAGUGCAGGGAAAGGGGGCCUUGAGUUUGAAGGCCGCCCUUCCCAGCCUCAAGACGCUAGGUCCUAUAGUGCAGUUGUGGGAACACCCUGGACAUGGAGCUCUGGACUCUGCCCACCACUCUCCGUGGAGCUUUGGGCAAAUCCCCUCGUAUCUCUGGCCUGGUUUCCUAGCGUGUAGGUGUAACUGUACCUGGGGCUGUGGUGGGGGUUGGAUGGGAUAGCUUGUGUGCUACUUCUUUAGCAGUAUCCCUUGAGCUGUUUCUUGUCUGCAUUGCAGAAGUAGUGGCAUGUGGCAGGAGGCCCCUCCUGGCACUCUCGUGGUUGCCACACUUUCCAGACCUGCACUUACCUGGAGGGCUGGUGGCUCUGAGCAUCCGGUCUUUGCUGAAGCUAGUCUGGCUUGCUUCAAUGUUGCUUGUGCCCCACUGCUGUCUUGGGCUUUGUCUCUGAGUCUCUGUCAGUGGCCUCACCUCCAAAUCCUCAUUCAUCCCAGUUGGGCUCCAAAAGCCCUGAGGUUUAGCAGUCACAGCAAGGUUUGGGGAAACAUGUCACAGGGUUCAGAAUUCAUGUUGGAAGUUCCAUCCAUCAGAGGCCGAGCCACAGAAGAGCAUGUCUACACUGAGUCUCUCUCCAAGGGCAGAGGCCAUCAUCGGACAACUACAGCUUGGAUCCCAGCUGGGGACAGGUCAUGCACCAUGUCGGUCAGCGUCCACGAGACCCGAAAGUCGCGGAGCAGCACGGGCUCCAUGAACAUCACCCUCUUCCACAAGGCCUCACACCCCGACUCCGUGCUGGCCCAGCUCAACACGCUGCGCAAGCAGUGCAUGUUCACGGAUGUCAUGCUCUGGGCCGGUGACCGUGCCUUCCCCUGCCACCGCGCCGUGCUGGCCGCCUCCAGUCGCUACUUCGAGGCCAUGUUCAGCCAUGGCCUGCGGGAGAGCCGGGACGACACAGUCAACUUCCAGGAUAACCUGCACCCUGAGGUGCUGGAGCUGCUGCUGGACUUCGCCUACUCCUCCCGCAUCGCCAUCACUGAGGAGAAUGCCGAGUCGCUGCUGGAGGUGAGCGACAUGCUGCAGUUCCACGAUGUGCGGGAUGCAGCCGCCGAGUUCCUGGAGAAGAACCUCGGCCCCUCCAACUGCCUGGGCAUGAUGCUGCUGUCGGACGCGCACCAGUGUCGCCGGCUGUACGAGUUCUCGUGGCGCAUGUGCUUGGAGCACUUCGAGACGGUGCGGCAGAGCGAGGACUUCAACAGCCUGUCCAAGGACAUGCUGCUGGACCUCAUCUCCAGCGACGAGCUGGAGACCGAGGAUGAGCGAGCUGUCUUCGAGGCCGUCCUGCAGUGGGUGAAGCACGACCUCGAGCGGCGCAGGGCCCACCUGCCCAUGCUCCUGCGCGGCGUGCGGCUGGCCCUGCUGCCAUCCGACUGCCUGAAGGAGGUCGUCUCCGGCGAGGCCCUCCUCACGGCCGACGAGCACACCCGGCUCAUUGUGGACGAGGCCCUGCGCUGUAAGACCAGGAUCCUGCAGAACGAUGGCGUGGUCACCAGCCUCUGCGCCCGGCCACGAAAGGCGGGCCACACGCUCCUCAUCCUGGGGGGCCAGACCUUCAUGUGCGACAAGAUCUACCAGGUGGACCACAAGGCCAAAGAGAUCAUCCCCAAGGCAGACCUGCCCAGCCCCCGGAAAGAGUUCAGCGCCUCGGCCAUCGGCUGCAAGGUCUAUGUGACUGGGGGCAGGGGCUCCGAGAACGGGGUGUCCAAGGAUGUCUGGGUGUAUGACACCGGCCACGAGGAGUGGUCCAAGGCAGCGCCCAUGCUGAUCGCCCGCUUUGGCCACGGCUCGGCUGAGCUGGAGAACUGUCUCUAUGUGGUGGGGGGCCACACGUCCCUGGCAGGUGUCUUCCCGGCCUCCCCUUCUGUCUCUCUGAAGCAAGUGGAGAAAUACGACCCCGGGGCCAACAAGUGGACGAUGAUGGCCCCUCUGCGGGAUGGCGUCAGCAAUGCCGCUGUGGUGAGUGCCAAGCUGAAGCUGUUUGUUUUUGGUGGCACCAGCAUCCACCGGGACAUGGCGUCCAGAGUCCAGUGCUAUGACCCUUCCGAGAACUGGUGGACGAUCAUGGCCGAGUGCCCCCAGCCUUGGCGGUACAUGGCUGCCGCUGCCCUGGGCAGCCAGAUCUUCAUCAUGGGGGGUGACACAGAAUUCACGGCUGCCUCAGCCUACCGCUUCGACUGCGAGACCAGUCAGUGGACGCGGAUCGGGGACAUGACGGCCAAGCGCAUGUCCUGCCAUGCCCUUGCUUCCGGCAACAAGCUCUACGUGGUGGGGGGGUACUUUGGGACCCAGAGGUGUAAGACGCUGGACUGCUAUGACCCCACCUCAGACACGUGGAACUGCAUCACCACUGUGCCCUACUCGCUCAUCCCCACGGCCUUUGUCAGCACCUGGAAGCACCUGCCGGCGUGAAGACACCUGCAGACCCAGCCAGACUCUGCGCGUCUCUCUCAGCCCCACGGCUCGUGUCCCGGGGUGGCCUGGCCAUGCUAUCACCUCUCCAGUGGCCAGAAGACAACUGUUCCCGCGCUGGUGGAUGAUGUGUCUGCUGUCCUGUGCUUCAGACAAGAGGAGCGAAGCUUCCCUCGUCCUGUGCCUGGGGGCCUCUCCAGCCUCACGUGUUUGGCACAGGGCGAGGAGCUCCAGAGGGCUUCGGGGAAGAAGCAGAGCCCUGAAGCUGCUUGUGUCAUCGAGCCCUGGACUGGGGCUGGGAGCAGGGAGAGAGGAGUCCAGACGAGGAUGGGGCCGGGGAUGGCAAGGUGGACUUCGGUCACCUGCGCUGGUGCACAGCCUCUGACUCAUGGGCUGUCUCGUGGGAGGUUUCAGUGUCACCUGACAGAUGGAAGCAGGGUCUCCCAGACUGAGAACAGAAGGUCAUCAUUGACAAGAAACUGAGGACAGUUUGGAGGUCACAGGGUGACCUCAGUGACACCCCAAGAUUUUAUUAACAAAUGUACCCAGACCCCCAAAGCCAGAGAGGAGGUCUGGGCCCCAGAAGCCCAUCCUAUCUCGUGGAGGACCAAGUUCUAGGGUGCUACACCAGGUGUGGGACAGGUGCCCCUGCCUGAGGACACACGCACCGUGGGGCCGUAGCCCUGGGGGGUGCCUGGCCGCCAUGUCACCCCUCCUCAGAGCCCACUCAAGCGACUGCAUCUCCUGCCAGCACCACAGUUGGCAGCACUGGGCUCCGUCCCCAGAGACCCCGCCACGCCCAGGCCAGGGCAGCUCUGAGCUGGAGCUGGAGAGGGGUCUUGGCGGCGGUGGCAUAUCAGAGUGGGGGAACAAUGCCAUCUCCGUGCCCGCCAUCCUCCCUGCUGCGUAGCACCGGCUUCUCCAGUUUGUUCCCUGAACAGUCCCCAGGGUUGCCAGGCAUUUGCCCAUCACUGCACCCUCCGGCAUCUUGGGAUUCCCCACGUCUCCUACUGCUGUCACCUUCAGUGGGCACCUCACCCCUGAGCAGAGGCCCCAGCCCACGCCUCACUCAGCCCUCCAUCUUGAGGGUAGGUUCUGGUUCCCCAAAGUUCGUGCUACCUACUGGCCAGGACCAGGCCUACAAAGUGGGCUGCAGUGUUACUGGGGAUUUAGGGCCCCGUAACUUCAGUCCCCGUGUCCCCACCCCUCAGCACUGGUGCUGGCCUUGUGCAUGUCACAUGGGAGAGGACCUGGGGCUAGGCCUGCCAGGAGAGUCGCUCCCUGGGCCCACAGACAUGGCCAUGUCCGAGGCCGCCCUGUGCGGUCUCCCCUCUGCUGGGACCUGCAGGGAGUGCUCCCUGUGUGGACAGCGGGUGAGAUAAGCACACUUCCACAGCACAAAGGACCCAGCCAUGGUGCUUUCCCCGAGUCAUGUGGCUCUUACCAAGCUUUCUAACUUAAUAAAGAGUUGAGCAAAUUCUCAGCCUGCCUCUGCU